ACACACACACACACUCAUACAGAGAGGCAGCAUGCUGGAGAAGAGGAUUCGGAGAUAGAAUAAUCGGAUGUUUUGUGAUGGGUAUUGCGUAGGUUGUUUUGAAAAUGUCUGUAGUGUAAUCUUUAUUAUAUCGUAUUAUACGCAUCAUAACUGAAUGAGGAAACCAAAACGCGCUUCCUGUAUUUUAAUAUCAUCAUCACAUCGCGCAUAGGGAAAUAAGAGAAAACGUCAAGCAUGGUGGCCGGUGAGCUCGUACAGGAGCUUCAUCCCGGCGCACCUGACGACAUCACGGUGAUGAAGAAGAUCCCGGAACCGGAGGGAGACACGGAGCGAUGCGCGGAGCCUCCAUACGCAGCCGCGGCGGAGGAAGCACCGGAGGGGGCGCAGGAGAAGGACGUGCCGCCGGCGGAUGAGAGAGAGGCGAUGCUUCCUAACGGAGGAAGAGGAGGCGAGGAGGAGGAGAAACACGGUGCGAUACUGGAAACCAAACUGUACCUGCGCCGGUUUGCCGUGCUCGCGGUGUUCAGCUUGUACUCCCUCUCGAACGCCUUCCAGUGGAUCCAGUACAGCAUCAUCACCAACGUGUUCAUGCAAUAUUACGGCGUGACCAGCGACAAAGUGGACUGGCUCUCCAUCGUCUACAUGGUGACCUACGUGCCCCUCAUCUUCCCGGCCACUUGGCUCCUGGACCGGAAGGGUCUUCGGCUCACGGCCCUGCUCGGAGCCGGACUCAACUGCGCAGGCGCGUGGAUGAAGUGCGCCAGCGUGAGUCAGGAUCGGUUCGGAGUCACCGUGAGCGCGCAGGUGGUCUGCUCCGUGGCGCAGGUGUUCAUCCUCGGCCUGCCGUCCAGGGUCGCCUCGGUGUGGUUCGGACCGAAGGAGGUGUCCACUGCCUGUGCCGUGGCCGUGCUGGGGAACCAGUUGGGAACAGCGAUCGGCUUCCUGCUUCCUCCAGUUUUAGUUCCCAACACCCCGGAUGAUCCUGAGCUGACGGGUCGCAACAUCAGCAAAAUGUUCUACGGCACCGCUGCCGUCUCCACCACCCUCUUCUUCCUCACUGUUCUAGUGAUUAGGGACCGGCCUCUCCUGCCUCCCAGUCACGCUCAGGCUGUCCUCCCAGACUCUCCAGGUGAAGAUUACUCCUACAAACAGUCCAUCAUCAACCUGAUGAAGAACAAAGCAUUCGUCCUCCUGCUGGUCAGCUACGGUAUUAUGACUGGCUCCUACUACUCUGUCUCCACACUUCUCAACCAGAUGAUCAUGGCCUGCUACAAAAACCAGGAGUUGAAUGCUGGGAGAAUUGGUUUGACUCUGGUUGUUGCUGGGAUGGUCGGCUCCAUCCUCUGCGGGCUGUGGCUGGACCACACCAAGACAUACAAGAUGACGACUCUGAUCGUGUACUCUCUGUCGUUUCUGGGCAUGAUCGUGUUCACCUUCACUCUGAACCUCAACAACCUCCCUCCCUGGUCUUAUUCCACCGCUGGAGCUCUGUUCUUCAUGACGGGGUACCUGCCGCUGGGCUUUGAGUUCGGAGUGGAGAUCACUUACCCCGAGUCUGAGGGGACGUCUUCGGGACUCCUCAACGCUUUCGCUCAGAUAUUUGGGAUCGUCUUCACUCUGAUUCAGGGUCAACUGACACACCAUAAUCCUCUGAUCGGAAACCUCUUCCUCUGCUCCUGGAUCUUUCUGGGAAUACUGCUCACUGCCUUUAUUAAGUCAGAACUGAAAAGACACAACGUCAACAUGGGAGCAGAAAACAACCGCCUGCAAGCACUUCCUACCAAUUGUCCCGAGGACUGCUCUCCAGGAGAGAAAACCAACGGAGACAAACUUGAAACCUCGGUCAGCUUUUCCCGUGAAACCUCGCUGUGAUGCUGCUGAGUCACUGGAUCUCAGGAGGAGGAAGGUCUCCCUGCUGCUCGGGCACAUCUGUGGGCAUCACACACAUGUGAAGGACCUCAAGGUGAACUUUAUUGACGCUGAUUGAUGAUUACAAACCCUGGAUGUGGAGACCAAUAAGACGCUGAGGGUGAAUGCUGACUUCAGAGGAUUACUGCUGCUCUUCUUGUGUGAAGCAUAGUGCUCCUAGAUGGAUUACUGUAUGUGAAUCUGCCUUUUAAA